AUGUCGCAGGAUAAUGGGCAGGCCUCUAUGGAUAACAACGGUGAGCUCGAAUUUUGAUUUUUUCUUGUUGAAAUUUAGGUCCAACAUGAAGAACAAGGUCUAUUCUCUCCUUGGGGGGAGUAGUGUUGCAUAAUUUUGAGAAAAAUAAGCAAAAAAUUAAAAUUUUGUCGAGAGAGCACCUAAAACAAUAUAUUUUUGCGUCUAAAAACGCCGUUUUUGAAUGUAAGAAGUUCGGAAAGGCUGGAUUAUAACGGCGAAUGAAAUUUCAGAGGUCUCUGGAAACGCAGAAAACAGCGCCGACGGCUCCACACGCAGCACUAGCCCUCCUCCGUCUAGUGCAAGCUCCUGGCUGGAGGCAUGCAUCGGCCAAAACGGAAGCCCCGAGCGAUCUCCCUCCGAACACGGAAUAGUCGAGGUGUCGGAUAAGGACGAUGAAGAGGAGGAAGUGGAAGAUGAAGCCAUCCAAUAUAAUCUCAGGUAGGGUAAUAUAAUUUUUUGUUUUUUUGUUGAAAUUUUAGGUAAAGUUGAAGGAAGUUUUGAUGGGAAAUGGAAGAAAAUGGAAUAAAUGUUGUUUGAAAGCCAUGGCUCUGGUUUUGAACGUCAUUUUUGACCAGAACGAGGCCUUUUUUUCAUGUUAUCCAUGAGAUUUCAGAUGUUCAAGUCUUGGGCUCGGCUCCCUGCGCUCCCAUCGUCUUCCCCCAACCCUGAUGGCGUGCGGGCAUCCCGCUCCGUCGACGAACAAGAACCAGAUCAAACAGUGGGUGAGCAACGGCCGGUCCUGGUGCCAAUCCUGCAACCCGCAGACCAGCCAAAACCUGAUCCGCAGCAGCGAAGAGCGGUCGGGCUGGCGCAUGUCGAUGCUCCAAUAUGUGGAAAAGAACGUAUUCCCACCGCACGUCCUCAACAUGAACGAAACGUACAUCUAUUCGGGCGAUAAUGGCGGGAAAAUCGUGGUCCCGAAGCUGCAAAACCAAGUUUUCCUGAUGGACCUCGACCUUUUCAUCCCCAUUGUGUGCGCCGAGGACCUGUGUCAGGUCCCGUUGAGGGCCCUGACCUGCUUCCGGUCCUUCGUUUCCAAUGAUACCAGGGUCGUCGACUUCUUUCAACGUCUCCAUCCCCAAAGUCUCUGCCAUUUUUCGGUGGGCCUCAUCGAAGCCGCCAUUCGAGUCAUGGAAGACCCAACCGAAACUGGAGAUGUGGCCUUUAGAAGGUCGAGGGUCGCUUUGCAAACCUUUUAUCACACUGCCGCCAGGGUUUUGUUGUAAGUUUUUUGGGUUGAAGGCAUGGAGAAGAUAAAAAGUGUCAGGGUUGGCGAAAAUAGGUGGAUAGACGGGAAUUUUAUAAUCAUAAAGGUAUAAUAGACUCUGAAAUUUGUGGUAAGAAAGGAAUUGAAUUGAAAUUUUGAUUUUUUUGCAGUGAUAUUGUACUUGAUACCUAAGACAAUAUAAUUGCUGAUAUCUCGGGAAAUUUUGGAAAGAUUGCGGAAGUUGAUGGCUAAUAAUGUAAAGAGAGGCAUGAUCGGUGUUUUUUAAUGAUUUUUAUUGAAAAAAUGUUUGUGGGUUACUGUAAUUUUGAGAUUUUUAUAUUUAGGGUGUCUAGAGUAAUAUAAUUGCCGAUAACUCAUUUUUUGCAGAAAUUAAUGCAAAUUGAUUUUGUAGAAUACAAAUAAAAGAAUGUUGAUUAAUUUUAGCACCUUUGAGCAGCAGAAUUCGUGAUGGGUUACUGCAAUUUUUCGAUUUUUAUAGUUGGGUGUCUAGAGUAAUAUAAUUGCCGAUAACUCUGGAAUUUUACACAAAUUUAAUCAAAUUGAUGUUGUAGAGUGUAGAUAAAAGCGUGUUAAUUAAUUUUAGAAGCUUUGAGCUGCGGAAUUUUUGAUGCGUUACUGUAAUUUUGAGAUUUUUAUAUUUAGGGUGUCUAGAGUAAUAUAAUUGCCGAUAACUCUGGAAUUUUGCAGAAACUUAAUCAAAUUGAUGUUGUAGAAUACAAAUAAAGGAAUGUUGAUUAAUUUUAGCACCUUUGAGCAGCAGAAUUCAUAACGGGUUACUGUAAUUUUUCGAUUUUUAUAGUUGGGUGUCUAGAGUAAUAUAAUUGCUGAUAACUCUGGAAUUUUACAGAAAAUUGGUCAAGUUGAUAUUGUGGAAUGCAGAUAAAAGCAUGUUAAUUAAUUUUUACAACUUUGAGCUGCAGAAUUCAUAACGGGUUACUGUAAUUUUUGGAUUUUUCCAGCUUCCGCGAAACCAUCGGACGCCACCAGCUGGCGCAGUGGCUGAGCCUGUUGCGCGUGGAGUUCCUGCGCCACGACAUGAUCCUGUGCAUCUUCGUGGCCAUCAAGGACCUGCACAAAUGGUUCUUCAACGCCGACGAUCUCUACAUCCGCCUCCUGACGGACCUCAUCAUAAUCUGGAGCAAUCCCGCUUUAAUGGCCGAAAACCGGCACGCCGUCCAGCAAAUCUUUGUCAGUCUGCUAGAGACUGAGCCCACAUUCCUGCAGGACUGCUACAAGGCCCUGGAAAGGGAGACCUUCUCGGAGCUGCUGGCCAUAACCGACAACCUUGUUCAAGCCGUGAACAUGUGCAGAUCUCGCGAAUUCGAAACCGAAAUCAUGGAUAUCAACGGGUCGUUCAGGGAACCCAAUCUGGCACAUCGAAAGGUAAAAUGUUUUUAAAUUUUUUUGAAAAUUUUUUCGGGAUUUGCACAGUGCAGUCGGGAAAUAAAAAGGAUUUGGGAAUUUGCACUGUGCGAUGGAAAGUUUGUGCUUUUUUCACUGUGCAGUGAAGAUUUUUGAAAAGUUUGAGGUUUUCAAAAUGUUCUGCAAUGUUAACUUCAUAUUUUUGUAAAGAAAGAAAUUUGAAUUUUUUAAUCGCACUGUGCGAAAUUGAAGUUUUGUUUUUUUGCACGGUGCAGUCGAAAUUUUUGGGAUUUUCGCACGGUGCGAAGAAAGUUGGUGGAAAAUUGUAGUGAAAAAAAAAUUGUGAGGCAUCGUGUUUUAGAAUUUAACGUUUUGAAAUUUCCAAAAAUUUUGAUUUCACAGUGAAAAAUUUUGUUUUUUACUUUUUGCACUGUGCGAUUUUGAGGUUCUGGGUUUUGCACUGUGCAGUGAAUAUUUUUGAAAAGUUUGAGGUUUUCAAAAUGUUCUACAAUGUUUAUUUGAUAUUUCCAUGAAGAAAAAAAUUUGAAAUUUUUAAUCGCACUGUGCGAAAUCGAAGUUCUGUUUUUUUGCACGGUGCAGUGGACAUUUUUGGGAUUUUCGCACGGUGCGAAGAAAGUUGGUGGGAAAUUGUGAUGGCAAGACGUUGUGAGGCAUCUUGUUUUAGAAUUUUACAUUUUGAAAUUUCCAAAAAUUUUGAUUUCAUAGUGAAAAAUUUUUGUUUUUAUUUUUUCCACAGUGCGAUUUUCAAGUUUUGGUUUUUGUACCGUGCAAAGUGAGUUUUUUAGAAUGAAAUUGAUUAUGCAAUGUAAAAAAUGAAUUUUCAGUGCUUCCUGCACCGAUAUAACCUCCAAUUCAUGGUGGAUUUGUUCGAAAUCCUGGACCGCGAAAUCACCGAAGGCCGCAGCUACAACCGCUACGAAUACGGCGUGCGCCUACCCAUGAUCAUCGACAUUAUCUACUUUUGCUCACUCUUUCGCAACAAUUAUGACCCCGUUCUGGUGCAAAGCCAAAAAGCCAUCAAAAUUUUGUGUGGAAUCUUGAAAGCGGUAGGUUUUUUGGAAAAAAUAAAGAGUUUUUUUGGGUAAAGAGGGCUUGAAUGUUCUUGAAUUUUAUUUAUUGAGAUUUUGGAAACUUGAAAUGGGCAGAAAUGCCAAUUUUUUGACGAAAAUGUGGAUUUUUUGGUAAUUUUGACAAAUUUUUGGAAUUUUUGGAUAUUUUGAAGCAAAUUUUUAUUGAAAAGGAAGGUAAAAUAGCUGUAGAAUAGUGUGUACUGUGUUUUUAGUUGAUUUGAAAUUUUCUAAAAUACGAUGUUUUAUAAAAAUGUUUGGGGUUUCAAAAAAUUUUUUCAUUUUUAAAUUUUAGGUGAAUUUCGCGUUAAAAGACCGCCCGGUGGCCUCGAUUGUCUCCGGCACGCCCCAUAAUCCCUCCAGAAUCCCAUCGUAUGUGAACCGAAUACCCCGCUCGGACGUGCCGAUCAGCCCGGACCAAGAUGAAGAUCAGGAAAAUGGCGCUCAUAAAGUCCCAAAACAAAAGCAAACAAAGGAUUCGGAUAGUAAGUAGAACUCUAAAAAGCUCGAAUUUUAAUUUUGAGCCGUUUUAAAGCGAAAAAAUUCCGGAAAUUUUGAGAUUUUUUUGAAAUUUUUUGAUUUUUUUGGGUUUUUUUGGAAGUUUGAAGUAAAAAAGUUUUGAUUUUUUAAUAUUUCAGAGUUCUCCGUGGAGCGAUACAUGAAGGACUCAAUCCGCCACCUCCUGAACAAACACAAAGCCGACGAGAACGGCGGGAAAACGGAGAAAGAGGAGAAAAAGGAAGAGCCCGAGGAGCCCAUGGAGGAGGACGAAAACGCCGACAAAACCCUCCAAGAAGCCAAGGAAAACACCGCCCAAUACCCCCCAAAAGCACCAUCGAUCAAAUCGCUGGACUCGGGGGACGAGCCGCUCCCCAAACACGCCCGUUUGGACCCCAAACACCUCGCCCUGGUCAAGGGUAAGGUCAUGGAGAAUAUUGGGGCAAGAAAAUGGCGAUAAGAAUGAGUUUUUUGAAGAUUUGGAGGGUUGUAGAGAGUUAUGAGAGUUUUGGAGACAUUGAGGACUAAGUUUAUGCAUUUGAAACAGAAAGCCAAAAAAUUUUUGGGUCCCACAGCGAAAACUUGGAAUGGCUGAUUUAGCGCUGCAAUUGGUGUAGAUUGAUGAAAAAAGGUUUGUAAUGAGCUUUUAAAGCAUUUUUUACAGUGUUUUUAUGGUUGCAACAGAAUGCCAAAGAUUUUUUGGGUACCACAGCGAAAACUUGGAAUUGCUGAUUUAGCGCUGGAAUUGGUGUAGAUUGACGUGAAAAGGAUGAAAAUGUGUUUUUCAGGUGGUUUUAGCUGUGUUAUUACGGUUCUAGCAAAAUACGUAAAAAUUUUUGGGUUUCACAGCGAAACCUUGGAGUGGCUGAUUUAGCGCUGGAAUUGGUGUAGAUUGAUGUGGAAAGGAUUAUAAUGUGAUUUUAGAGCGUUUUUAUCAGUGUUUUUACGGUUGCAGCAGAAUGCCAAAAAAUUUGGGGUCUCACAGCGAAACCUUGAAAAGUCAAAUUUUUCCAUUGUUUGAAUUCUAAUGAGUGUAAUAGAGUUUGAAGACUCAUUUUACGAUGUAUUUUUUAGGUGCCUUGGCCGAACGAACCCGCGAAUUGGCCGACGAAGCGAUCGACGAGGAGGAGGAGGAAGAGGCCGAAGAAGAGGAGCUCCUGGAGGACGAAGACGAUGAGGACGACGAGGACGAGGGCGACCGCAUCCCCAAACACAUCGAAGGCAUCUUCGGCAACCGCUCCGACUUCUUCUUCAGCCAAUAUUUGGCGCAGCGUGCGCCCGAAGAGAGCCCGAAAGCCGAGGAGGAGCAGGCCUACCUCCCCUAUCUCCGCCUGUUCCAACUGAUCGCCAACCGAACCCUUCCCCAACACCUUUUCAUGUCGCUGAAACAGGCCACAAUACGAUGCAUCGGCGGCCUAUGCAGACACUCGCUGCGAAACCAACUCGCCGCUGGGAAAUUGGACAUAAUCAACUUGGUCAUCCAAUGCACUAUGAAGCAGGAUGUGGAUAGAGCAGCAGUGGUGAGUUGAUCAUCAUUUGAGGGGUAAAAAAAAACGCUUUUGAACUGAUUUUUUUGGGAAAAAUUAGGUUUUUUGAAAUUUUUUUUUGAAAAUUUUUUGAAAUUUUUUUUUAUUUUUGGCAUUUUUAAUGGGUAAAAUACGUCUGCAUGUCCUUUGCAAUGAAUAUUGAGUUUUUUGAACCGAUUUUUUGAUUGAAAAGUUGUGAUUUUUUGAAAUUUUUUGGAUUUUUUUUUAUUUUUUUUUUCAAUUUUUUCGAAUUUUUAAUGAGUAAAAUACUUCGGGGUGACUUUUGUAAUUCAUGUUGAAUUUUUUAGACCGAGUUUUUUGGGAAAAAUUAGGUUUUUUGAAUUUUUCUUUUAAAAUUUUUUGAAUUUUUUUUUGGAUUUUUUGGCAUUUUUAAUGGGUAAAAUACGUCAACAUGUCCUUUGUAAGGAAUAUUGAGUUUUUUGAACCGAUUUUUUGAUGGAAAAAUUGUGAUUUUUUGAAAUUUUUUUUGCAAAUUUUUUGGGUUUUUUUGUAUUUUUAAUGAGUAAAAUACGUCAGGGUGACUUUUGUAAUUCAUGUUGAAUUUUUUAGACCGAGUUUUUGGGAAAAAUUGUGAUUUUUUUGAGUUUUUUUUUGAAAAUUUUUUGGAUUUUUUUUGGACUUUCGGUAUUUUUUUAAGGGUAAAAUACGUCACGUAGGGUUUUGUGUUUAUGUUAAAUUUUUUUAACCGAUUUUUUGAUAGAAAAAUUGUGAUUUUUUGAUUUUUUUUAGAAAUUUUUUGGAUUUUUUUUUGAACUUUCGGUAUUUUUAAUGGGUAAAAUACGUUGAAUUUUGUGUUUAUUGAAUUUUUUGGACCGAUUUUUUGAUAGAAAAAUUGUGAUUUUUUGAAAUUUGUUGGGUAAAAAUAAAAUUUUUUUUUUUCAAAAUAAGUACAAAAAUGAAGAGUUUUGAUAUUUUUCAGCUGCAUCACGGUUUAACCACCCUCCGAGCACUGUGCGUGGAUUGCCACGAGAACCAACAACGACUUUUGGAAAUUUUUGAGGUAAGGAGAUAUAAUAAUUUUUUCCGGAAAUUUGGGUUUUUGAAUUUAAAAAUUAUGGAGAAAUCAUUUUUUUAUGUGUGUUAGAGAGUAAAGAACGUUUAUGGAGUCUUUGGACUGUAAUUUUAGCGAUUUUUUGGUCGAAAUUUUGAAAAUUUUCAUUUUGAAAAAUUUUUUGAAAAUGCAAAUUUUUUGGUGGCGAUGAUACUGUGAGGUCUAGUGGGAUGUUAGUAGGCAUUUUUUGUUUUAUUUUUUCUAUUUUUUGGUUGAUAUUUUCAAAAAAUCCCGUUUUUUCAAAAAAAAUUUUUUAUGAAAUUAUGCAAAUUUUGAGGUUGAAAUGAAAGUUUGAGGUGUGAAAUGGAGCCAAUAGAUGUUUAAAAAUGUUUUUCCCCCAUUUUUCUAUUGAAAAAUCUCUAAAAAAUCCCGUUUUUCAAAAAAAUUUUUUAUGAAAUUAUGCAAAUUUUGAGGCGGAAAUAGCAGUGUGAGGUGUGAAAUGGGCCUUAUAGAUGUUUAAAAAUAUAUUUCCCCCAUUUUACAACUCAAAAAUCUAAAAAAUCUCGUUUUUUUCUAAAAAAUUUUUUAUGGAAUUAUGCUAAUUUUGUGGUGGAAAUGACAGUGUGACGUGUGAAAUGGAGCCAAUAGAUGUUUAAAAAUUGUUUUUUCCAUUUUUCAACUCAAAAAUCUCAAGAACUCUUGUUUUUUCAAAAAAAUUUUUUAUGAAAUUAUGCAAAUUUUGAGGUGGAAAUGACAGUGUAAGGUGUGAAAUGGGCCUAAUAGAUGUUUAAAAAUAUAUUUCCCCCAUUUUUCAACUCAAAAAUCUCUAAAAAAUCUCGUUUUUUCCAAAAAAAAAAUUUUUUAUGAAAUUAUGCAAAUUUUGAGGUGUAGAUGACAUUGUGAGGUGUGAAAUGGGGCUAGUCGAUGUUUAAAAAAUUGUCUUUUUCCAUUUUUCGACUCAAAAAUCUCUAAAAAUCGGGUUUUCAGAACUGCUCCCAGUUCAUCGACGGCCCCCGACUGGUGGCCGCAAUGGGUUGCCGGAUCCUGACCGACGAGAACGGCAAACAAAAGUUGGUGCCGCUGGUGGAGUUGGUGGCCGCCAACAAUCCCCCAGCGAACGCCCCGAACGCCUCGGGCAACUGA